AUCUUGCCUACUCAACAUUCUAUAAUUCGAUCAGUUAAAAUAGCCUGUACAGAUAGCAUUUCUCCGUCUAUAAAUACAUCUGCUCCUGCCCCCUACACUCAAACCCACCACUCCAAUGGACUCACUGAAAAUAAUGAUCCUUUUAUUUUCCUUGAUAACCUUAACCCUAACUCCUCCUUCCAUGGCCCAAAACUCCCCUCAAGAUUUUCUUUCGAGUCACAACCAGGCUCGUGCAGAAGUCGGCAUCCCUCCCCUCGUCUGGAAUGACACGGUUGCAGCCUAUGCUCUAAACUAUGCCAACGAAAGGUAUGCGGAUUGCGAGCUGGAGCAUUCGCAAGGGCCCUAUGGCGAAAACCUGGCUGAGGGGUGGGAGAAAUUGGCUGCCGGAGAUGCAGUCAGCAUGUGGGUUGGGGAGAAAUCUUGCUAUGAUUAUGACACGAAUUCUUGCGUCGGUGGAGAAUGCCUGCAUUAUACACAGGUGGUUUGGAGGGAUUCAGUUCAUCUUGGUUGUGCUAGGGUUCCGUGCAGUAAUGGUUGGAUUUUUGUGAUAUGUAACUAUGAUCCACCUGGUAAUUAUAUUGGCCAACGUCCUUAUUGAUAUGGUUCUGUUGUUACUUGUUCUUGAAAUAUGUAUAGGUUUUUGUAAUAUAUAGGGUAUGCGUCGGUCUUGUUGAAGUCGUGAAAAAUAAGUGACGUUCAAUAAUACUGAACAAAGACUAGAUAAUAUAAUGUACAACUUUUUGCUUAUUUUCAUAUUUACUUCCUGUUUGGUAUC